AUGGCUUCUUCAUCUUUUCGAACCCCACCUUGCACUUGCAAUACAUAUGACGUCUUCAUUAGUUUUCGUGGUGAAGAUACUCGCACAAGGUUUACAGACCAUCUCUGUAAGGCUUUAAAAGACAAAAGUAUUCGCGUGUUUAGAGAUGAUAGUGACCUCGAAAGAGGAAAGACGAUUUGGGAAGAGCUGGUGAAGGUAAUCAAAACAUCAAGGAUUGCAGUUAUCGUGUUUUCCAAAAACUAUGCUAAUUCCAGGUGGUGCCUUGAUGAGCUCGUGGUGAUCAUGGAUUGCAAAAGUAGUACUACUAGGUGUAAAUGUAAUCAAACUUUAGAAGUGGUACCUAUUUUCUAUGAGGUGUCUCCGUCCGAUGUACGAGAACAGAAGGGAAAUUUUGCAGAAGUGCCUCCGAAUUUCUCUGAAGACACGGUGAAGAAAUGGAGGAAGGCAUUGACAGACUGCACAUUUGUCGGGCUUCCCUUGGGAAAAGAUAGGUAA